ACAGGGAGAAGGCGACGUGCCGCACUUCACGCAGGGCCUCCACUCGCGCCUGUCGGAGGCCGCUCCAGUGGUUGGGCCCGCCUUCCUCCCUUCGCGCCUGCUUGUUUUCGUCGCUCCUGUUCCUGCGGCUCGGCCUGGCGGGGGCGGGGCCUGACUAGGCGUACAGCUGGAGACGGUGGGGGUGGUCAAAGUCCCAUGCUCUCUCCCUUACCAGCUAUUGCACCUAAUAACAGACACACAGUUAGGACUGUACAGUGAUCCUGAUGAAUCUUUUCCACUUUACCGUGAGAAGGUUGGUUUCUCAAGUAUAUUGUGGACUAAAACCUGCUUCUUCCAAGAAACAGAGGACCUGCUUUGAAAUGGCUCGACCUAGUUCAAAUAUGGCUGAUUUUCGAGAAGUAUUUGCUAAAGCAAAACAUAUAGCUAUUGUUACAGGAGCUGGUGUCAGUGCAGAGAGUGGUGUUCCAACCUUCCGAGGUUCAGGGGGCUAUUGGAGGAAAUGGCAAGCUCAGGAACUAGCUACUCCAGAGGCUUUUGCACGGAAUCCCUCUAGAGUGUGGGAAUUCUACCAUUACCGUAGGGAGCUUAUGAUGAGUAAACAUCCAAAUCCAGCACACAUUGCCAUAGCGGAGUGUGAGGCCAGGCUGAGCAAGCAAGGCAGGAGUGUUGUGGUCAUUACACAGAACAUUGAUGAGCUCCACAGAAAAGCAGGAACAAAGCACCUCUUAGAAAUUCACGGUAGCUUAUUCAAAACCCGAUGUACCAGUUGUGGAAAUGUGACAGCAAAUCACAACAGUCCAAUUUGUCCUGCUUUGGCUGGGAAAGGUGCUCCAGAUCGAGAUGCUGAAGAUAGCAGGAUUCCUGUAGAAGAUCUCCCUCGGUGCAAAGACUGUAAUGGCCUCUUGCGCCCACAUGUUGUGUGGUUUGGAGAAACUUUGGAUUCUGAUAUUCUUACAGAGGUUGAAAAAGAACUUGAGAUUUGUGAUCUGUGUUUGGUGGUUGGAACCUCUUCUAUCGUAUAUCCUGCUGCUAUGUUUGCUCCCCAGGUAUCUGCCAGAGGAGUGGCUGUUGCAGAAUUCAACAUGCAAAGCACUCCAGCCACAGAUAGGUUCAGAUUUCAUUUCCCAGGUUCCUGUGGUACCACACUGCCCCCAGCACUUGCUCGCCAUGAAACUGAGAUAAUCUCAUGAACAUUCAUCAGAAACACAGAGGAAAAAUAGUUGCUACAGUCAGCAGGGUGCAAACGUAAGAGGAACUUGGGACUUGUAUAAAACACCUUGCCUGCAGUCCACUCUAAGGAUGAUGCUGAAGAAAAUAAAUAAUGCUUUUCCAAUUGAUUACAAGAAUGAGCAAAGGAAAGGAGUUAUCAUGGACAGGGACAUUGGACAAGCCACUACAUUUUUGUCAAAAGUGGUGGCAAGAUAACAUUUGUGCUUUGAAGUUUUAGCUUACACAUUUGGUGGAUCAUAAAUGAGGGUAGACUUCACCAGGACUGUACGCUUUGUGACUACGAGAUUCACAAAAUAAUUUUCUAAACCAACUGUAAAAUUCUGGGGGGAAAAUUAAGAGUAAGCAAAUGGGGCAAAUGACAGCUUUUAAUAUAGCCUACGCUCAGUAUUUUUCUAGGAAAACAAUAAAACAAGGUGUCUUUUUCAUGAGAUAGCAUACCCCUCUAAAAAGGUUCAGCUUCCAAGAUGGUAUAUGUUUCUCUGUGGUUAUUAGCAUGAGAAAGCAAUUGAAGGCACACGGGCAACAGCACCGAUGUACAAAGUAUACAUGCUUCUUUUCACUCUUGGACUUGUAAGAAUGUAUUUGUGGGCUUAUUUUAUUAGUCUUCUAAUUAUUUUGUCUACUGUUCUAAGGCACUGAAAUAACCUUAAAUGGAUGCUUUGUCUGUAUUGUUCCAAAACUCUUUUCCUUAUCAAAACACAAAGAUGUAUUGGCAGAUCUCAUUAUAAGGUUAGUGCUGCAGUAGAUAUCACACUAAUCUUUAUACCUGCUCUCAACUAUGAUAAAACUUAAGUAAUUGGGAAAUGGAAUGGAGCUCAGUGUUGAGUUACUGUGAAACAAAAGUGCCAACAUUUUGAUUACAAUAUGGCACUGCAGUUUCCAUUUUGUAAUUUAAUUCUAGUAUGUAAUAUAGAAUUUUGGAAUGAUCAGUGUAAUUCACAUAUAUUAUCAUUGUAAUUGUA